UGAUUCAGGGUGGCUGUGCACUUGUGUUCAGGUUACAUUUGGCUUUUGAGAGACGAGUGUCAGUCGUGUGACACAGCGCUGAAAAAACACACACAGCAAUCAGAUUGUCCUUUGAGUCGCUUCAGUUGGAACGGAAACCUGGUCGGUUCCUUUUUAAAGUGAGGUUCUAUAACAGCCCUCGGGAAUCCAGUUCUAAAUUUAGCUUUUAGUAUGUUUCACCCAACCCUCUGGCAAAGAGGAGGAAAAACUAACUUUAAGCUUCCAAUGCAACUUUUUUCGUCAAGGCAGGAGCUACGGGAGCGGGGUGCCCGUGAGAGGGAGAAGUCGGCGUUAUCCUGGCUCUCGAACCAGAGCCCUCCUGUGCAGCCUGCUCUUUGUUUACAGUGGUUCUGUGGUUUAAAUUACAUGACAUACAGUAAUUCUGCUCUCAUUGCCAGUAAUUUCACUGACUUGCGAGGCAGGCUUCAUUUCCUGAAAGUCAGCCGGGCUGGACUUAGAGGAAGUGCGUGCCCUCCUCUUUGUGACUAAACCAAUCGCUAGGCGGUUUUAUCGCAAAGGAGGGUGCCGCAGGGCGGGGGGGACCACUUUUCUCCCAGCCUCCCUGCUUUGCCGCCUCCUCCUCCCCCUCCUCGCGUGCUCUCCCCGUUUCCCUAGUGCCAAUUUUUAUGUCUCCAUGCCCCUCUCUCUGCCUGCCCACACGCUGUCAUGAGGCAUGACUUGUCGUCCUCGGGUGCUGAAAACGUCCGCUUGGCCGCUUUGCCCGAGACCGGCUCGCCUCUCCCAGCCGCCCGCGCUGGCUUAACAUGUCCCAGGUGCAGUUCUGGCUUAAGUAUGCGUCUCUCUUCAAGGACUCUGCAUACGUCAGUGAGCUCUGCAGCACCUCUGUCUUCUCCCCCCCCGCGGACUCCCUCUCCGAUAUCGCGGAUGCUAAGGAAUUCCUGCCUGCCAACAGCGGCGUGCCAACACUCUGGGACGUGAACACGCCGCAGCAGAACCGAGCAGAGCUCUCGCCUUCUGACUUGGAAGGGCUGGAAGGCCUAGAUGGAAUCGUGAGCCCCGAUGUCCUCCACACUCAGGACACCCCGCUCCUUUCAAGCAUCCAGUCCCAAACUCAGGUAGAGGAGGAGGAGGAGGGUGACGACGACGAAACGGAGGAGCUGGGUCACACCGAAACGUAUGCCGAUUACGUCCCUUCCAAAUCUAAAAUCGGGAAGCAGCAUCCUGACCGUGUGGUGGAGACAAGCACCCUCUCCAGCGUUCCCCCUCCGGACGUCACCUACACCCUCUCCCUCCCCGACACGGUUGCAGAGAACGGGUUGCUCUCCGCGCUGCAGCUGGAAGCGAUAACAUACGCUUGUCAGCAACAUGAAGUCGUGCUCCCCAACGGGCAAAGGGCAGGGUUCCUCAUCGGAGACGGUGCCGGGGUCGGCAAAGGCCGGACGGUCGCGGGGAUCAUCUUUGAGAAUUACCUGAAGGGAAGGAAGAAGGCCCUGUGGUUCAGCGCCUCAAAUGACCUCAAAUACGAUGCCGAGAGGGACCUGAAGGAUAUCGACGCGGCUUACAUUCCUGUCCACGCUUUAAACAAGAUUAAAUAUGGAGACACAGCUACCUCGGAAGGAGUCCUGUUUGCCACUUACUCUGCCCUGAUCGGGGAAAGCCAAGCUGGCGGCCAGCACAGAACCCGCCUGAAGCAGAUUCUGGACUGGUGCACUGAGGAUUUCAAUGGUGUCAUCGUGUUUGACGAAUGCCACAAAGCCAAAAAUGCCAGCUCCACCAAGAUGGGCAAAGCAGUAUUGGACCUGCAGAAUAAACUACCCCUCGCCAGGGUGGUCUACGCCAGUGCCACGGGUGCCUCUGAGCCAAAGAAUAUGAUCUACAUGAGCCGCCUGGGGAUCUGGGGGGACGGCACUCCCUUCCGGUCGUUUGACGAGUUCCUGCACGCCAUUGAAAAGAGGGGCGUCGGUGCCAUGGAGAUUGUCGCCAUGGACAUGAAAGUGAGCGGGAUGUACAUCGCGCGGCAGCUCAGCUUUUCUGGGGUCACCUUCCGGAUUGAGGAGAUCCCCCUCGACCCAGCUUAUAAACUCGUUUACAAUAAAGCCGCACAUCUGUGGGCAGAAGCUCUGGUCGUUUUCCAGCAAGCUGCGGACCUGAUGGGCUUAGAGUCCCGGAAGUCUCUGUGGGGCCAGUUCUGGUCCGCCCACCAGCGCUUCUUCAAGUACCUUUGCAUCGCCGCGAAAGUCCGUCGCCUUGUCGAGCUGGCCAAGGAGGAGCUGAGCAAGGACAAGUGCAUCGUGAUCGGUCUGCAGUCGACGGGCGAGGCCCGCACCCGGGAAGUCCUGGACGAAAACGAGGGGCACCUGAACUGCUUUGUUUCCGCUGCCGAAGGCGUCUUUCUCUCACUAAUUCAGAAGCACUUUCCUUCAACCAAACGAAAAAGAGAAAGAGGAACUGGCCUUAAAAGAAAACGGAAGCAGAAGGUGCGCUGCCUCGCCAAGGUGCCCAGGGCGGCCCACGACCCCGUCAGCGCCUGCGGCGUCAUCCGGAUCAGCUCCGACAGCAGCUCGGACUCCGAGCCGGGCCUGGAAAGCGACUUCAACUCCUCGCCGGAGUCCGUCAUCGAGAGCGAGGACGUGAUCUUCGUCGGCACCACCCCCACCCCGCUCAACGGUUUUGUGGGGGAUGACCGAGGCUACGUGUUCACGCAAAGCUCGGCACUGGAGAAGGUCGAGAUGCUGAAGCUGGACCUCCUGUCGAAAGUGAAGGCACUGGGCAAAGAGCUACCUCUGAACACCUUGGACGAGUUGAUUGAUUACUUUGGCGGCCCGGAACAUGUGGCGGAGAUGACUGGGCGGAAGGGGCGUGUGGUGCGACAGCAGGACGGCUCCGUGGCGUUCGAGUCGCGGGCCGAGCAAGGGCUUUCCAUCGACCACGUGAACCUCAAGGAAAAGGAGCGCUUCAUGAACGGGGACAAGCUCGUAGCAAUAAUCUCCGAGGCCUCCAGCUCAGGGAUCUCUCUCCAAGCGGACAGACGGGUAAAGAAUCAAAAGCGGCGUGUCCACAUGACGUUGGAGCUUCCUUGGAGCGCAGACCGAGCGAUACAGCAGUUUGGUCGCACGCACCGGUCCAACCAAGUGUCCGCUCCAGAGUACAUCUUCCUCAUCUCCGAGCUGGCCGGCGAGCGCCGGUUCGCUUCCAUCGUGGCCAAGCGCCUGGAAAGCCUCGGUGCCUUAACUCACGGAGACCGGCGAGCGACUGAAUCCAGGGACCUCAGCAAGUACAACUUUGAAAAUAAGUAUGGGUCCAGAGCCCUCGACAAGGUCCUGUUCACCAUCCUCAAGCAGUCGGAGAACAAAGUCCCGGUGCCGAGGGGCUACCGGGGGGGAGAAGCCGCUUUCUUCCAGGACAUGCAGCAGAAUCUGCUUUCCGUCGGGAUUUGCUGCAGGGAGUUGCGGUACGGCAUCAUCACCGUGGAGAAAGACUGUUCCAUCAGCAAGUUCCUGAACCGCAUCUUGGGCCUGGAGGUCCACACGCAGAACCUGCUUUUCCAGUACUUCAGCGACACCUUCGACUACCUGAUCGACAAGGACAAGAAGGAUGGCAAAUACGACAUGGGGAUUCUGGACCUGGCUCCCGGCAUUGAUGAGAUCUAUGAGGAGAGCAAAGAGGUUUUCCUGACUCCUGGACACCCCCAGGACGGGCAGGUGGUCUUUUACAAGAUCAGCGUCGACAGAGGCCUGAAGUGGGAGGAGGCCUUCGCGAAGUCGCUUCAGCUGACGGGCGCCAAUGACGGGUUCUACCUUUCCCAUAAGGUCCGAGGCAACAUGUACACCUGCCUCCUGGCCGAACAGACGCACGGGAAGCAUUUCACCCUCUACAAGCCGAACAUUGGCAAGCACAGCCAGGGGGAGAGCUUGGAGAAGCUCCUGCGGAAGUACCAGCGGGUCCCGCCAGAGGUGGCCCAGAAGCACUGGGAGCACAGCUACUCCUUUUCCAUGCAGCACUGCAACCACGCCGUGUGGACCGGGCACUGCAAGGCGGUGCAGGACGGCAAGGAGUGCUUCCAGGGCACACGCCUGCGCCACUACCACAUGCUGUGCGGGUCUCUGCUGCGCGUCUGGAGCCGGAUCGCCAGCACCAUCGCCGACAUCACCAACAGCAGCCACCUGCAGAUCGUGCGCCUCAAGACCAAAGAGAAGAGGAAGCAAGUCGGCAUCAAGAUCCCCGAGUGCUGCGUCCCACAGGUCCUGAAGGAGCUGAAGCAGAUGGACGAGAGCGUCAAGCAGAAGCGGAGCCAAACGCUGGCAGCAGCCACGGCACAUCCCAGCCUGCCGUACCCUCUGCUGCCCCCGCUGGACCUCAGCCAGACCUCGGGGGGCACGGCCUUCCCGCCCCCCCAGCAGGACGAGGUCUUGGACCUGACCUACAGCCCCCCUCUCCCGGAGUUCUGGACCGAGGCGCCCCCCCCGCAGCCGCCCCUCCACUGCGGCUUCUACAGCGCCACCGGCCUGGCGGCGGGCAUGUCUCUCGGCCCCACCUCGCAGCGGGAGCACGCGGGGCCUGCCCUGCCCGCCCCGGACGGCUUCUCCUCGUCCACCGUGAACUACCGGGAGGUCCUGGAGGAGAUGCUGAGCUUGCUCAACGUGGGGCCCGAGGACACCGCCCACCCCCCACACGGGCACCCCAGCGUGAUCCAGUUUGCCUCCGGCCCCUUCUCAAACCUCUAGGACGCGCCGGCCUCGGCGGGGCGAGCAGAACCCUCUUUGGACCGGACGUCGUGGGCGUGCGUUUUUUUAAGAACCUGCUUGCAAUGGACCACUUCUACCUUUUUAACAGGGAUGGGCAGAGAAAACCUUAGUUAAUGAAAACAAAGUCUAUUUAUAUAUAAUAUACGGUCAACAUCUGUACUAAAUUUUUAUAUAUAUCUCUCUAUCUAUCUCUCUAUAUAUAGAUGCAUUAUGUACAAGGUGGAGUGGAGGUGGGACACCGACCUGGGCGGGAGGCACCGGCACCUUAUAGCCCCCCCGGCCUGCCCCUUCCUCUCACCCCACACGCCCCCCCGCCUUGCCCUGAGGCAAACUACUGAGUUUGGAAAACUGGGUGCUCCUUACCUUCCUCCACCCCCUUUCUCUCCGGCUGGAUGGGGGGAGCACGAUUCGAAUCCGUGACAGCAGGGAGUGUUUUGUGGCCGUUAUCUUGGUCUGCCUUCCCCAUGCAGUGUCCUUCAGAUAGGCUGGUUGGGGAAUGAUGGGAACUGCACUCCAUCUCCUCUGGAGCGCCGCCGCAGGGUGGAAGGCAGGCCUGGGAUUUUGGUGGGCUUGCCCGAGAGGGGUACGUAGUGACUUGCUGUGAUCUGGAAUCCAUGCAUUCUUUUCUACUGGUUUCAGUGCAGAUAGGGCAGGGGGAGGGAAUCCCAAAGUUUCUAGACCUCAUGGAAGUAGGGAAAAACAGGUGGCAGCAUUUCAGAAGCUGGAAUGUCCCAGUGGUUUGGGUGAUUACUCAACGCUGUCAGGUGCAUUUUGAGCCUCUUCUCCGAGCGCACCGUUUUGGACAGGGUGGCUCUUAGCGAAGUGAUCCAUCACUCUGUGAGUGUGAGUGUGAGUUUGAGUGUGUGUGUGUGUGUGUGUGUGUGUGUGUGGUGCGGGGCAUUUUCCAAGAGGCUCACAAAGCCAAAUAAAGUUGGGAGUUUUCUGCCAGCUUUCAGGAGAGGUUACCAGACCGUACAGGGGAGGGUCUGUUGUUUGUAGUCCCUGGGCGGCGGCUCCUGCCCCACAGACUUUCACCCUAGACAAAGCUCAGCACCCCACCCUGGUGGCUCAGACCUUCACUCUGAAGUCCUUCAGAAAUGGCUCCCCCCCAGCUUAGAUUUGGGGGGACCAACAUGCAGAGGGAAGGUCUAGCUUCCCUCCCCCCCAGGACUGGCUCCAGCGGACGGAUGCCUCUCAGCUUGCGGCCUGAUCCGGGGGCUUCGUUCCAAAGGAGGGGAGCUGCGCGCAGAGCCGCCAGCCGGUGCAGCCAGGCCGGGGGGCAGGCGGGGCUUCCGGCCCGCUGGUCUCAGGCCUGACCAGCAGCGGCUGACCCUCCCUCCCGGCCCCCUGGCCCCGAAAUCGCCCCCCGUGGCAGCUGAGCCGAGAAGGCAGCCCAGAUACGCCUUCCCCGGCCAACAGGUUCAGGGAGCGGAUGCCACAUAGUGCCAUGUCUGCCUGAGGAGGCAGGCCGCCUUCUGACACGGCACUGCCUUUCACGUUCUUGGUUUUUAUAUUUUUAAACAGCUAAUUUACAACUUAGUUUCGAAAUUUUCCUCUAAAUGGGCAUUUUUCUGACCUAGCCCCCACCUGCUCCGGCAAAUCUUACUGGUGGUUGAUCUCUGCAGUCUACACCUCCAGUUUGCAGACCUUGCGCUAACUCUUUUCUAAUGCCUGGUAUUUCCAUUUCAGUCUCGGGGGCCCUGUUUUAUAUCAGCCCUGCUUUUUCCUUGCCACUUAACACAGACCUCAGGUACAUAUUGCACAAAUUCAAAAACCACCAGUGUGGAAUUUUGGUACUUGGAAUGUAUUCUGAGAAGCAGCCCCCCCCCCCCAAGCCAUUUGUUUUUGAAGGAAAAACUAGGUUCUGGUCCUUAUAAUUUUAAUGCUCCCAAGGGCAAACAGAACCUAUGCGCGUGUGACUGAGUGAAAGAAGAAUGAAGAGGGAGGGGAGGGAGGGUCCUUUUCCCCCGUUGCGUGUCCAGAAGGGGUGUGCAAAUAAGUUAAAAAUAAAGAAACUAUGCAAAUAUGCUGUUUGUAUAAUGCAGGCAGGCAAAGAUUGAUUCCGUUUCCCUUUACGGAGCAGAAUUUUCAUCCCGUUUUGUAAGCCCCCUGGGGCAGGGACCCACGGUAUUUCCACAGCUUCGUAACAGCCUGGCACUUUGCCUGUUGAUGCUAGAAUUAAAUAUUAUAGUAGCCAUAACAAAUCCAGGUCUUCUGCUUUUUAAUUGGUUAGUGGAUUGUAGCAGCAGGAGAAUGAAAAAGGUUAAAACUCAGGAAAGCCGAUCAGAAGGUGGCCUUGGCUGGGUCCACAUCCCUGAGAUUUCCCCUAAUAUCCUCAAAAGUCAUAUGUGGUUACUUUACAAUUGUUUUAAUUAAAGAAGAAAUAUAUGCAGCUUCCUUUCCCACUAUGUUCCUUCCUCCAUUUUCUAGUCAGGAAAAUUAGAACUUACUAUGAUUACAUGUAAUAGCUACUUUUUAAACUAAAUUAUUACUCUGUUUGGUCUAUUUGAUUGUAUGUAUUUUAAUGGAAAAAUAUCCCCCUCUUCUCCUUUCCUGUGUUGGCACUUUCUAACCAUUUCCUUCAUCUGCUUAUUUUUUUUUCUAUGCAUAUUUAUAAUUGGAACUGUAUAUAUGUAAAAAAAAAAAGAAAAGAAAAGAAAAACCUUCCCCAAUAAGCAACAACAGUCAUGGGGCCGGGGGGGUGGGGGGAGGUUCUUUUCUUUUUGUUGUUGAAAAUGUGCCUUUUGACUAAUGAUUCCGAAUUUUUCUAUUUGCAUCAGAAGGAUUAAAAUGUUGGCAUUUCAACUCGG